CGCAUAGGAAAAGAUUACAUGCCUCCUAUUUCUGUAACGCAAAGCUCUUUAAAAGAAUUAGCCAUGUGAGUGUGUCUGGCUGAACACAAAGAUAUACCUCUAGAUGCUUGACUUCAGCACGGUGGACAGACUACCUGAGGAAAAAAAACACACACACACACAAAAACACUGAACAGGCUUUCAAAAUGCUGGUGUCAAUGCUGACGGCAAUGUACAUGUUGGUGAGAGUUGCUGAACAGCUGGGUGUCCGAUGGGUACGGCAACAGGAACCUCUUCCAUAUAUGGUGUCUCAGCCGCUGCCAUGGCAGGUUCAUUCAGUCUCAUAUAGUCGAAAAGGAAGUCGAUCAGAGGAGUUCGAGGGACAGCGAAGAAACAGCAUUGGAGUUUACAGAAAGAACUCUUCUUCCAGUAAUGGACACACUGGAUCCUCUGCUGAAAAGGCGGCGGCUACAAUUCAAAACCAGUACAGGAAGUACCAGCAGAAAAAGCACAAAGAUCACAAAUAAAUUAUCAGUCAGACUUAACUGUCAGCUUUUAAAGUGUCCAUCUUGCACCAAUGAAGACGCAAUGUUAUUCUCCCCUCUGAGCCCUUUACACCCAGUAACUGCGCACAUGUCAAAGGAUGACUUUUGAUUGACACAGUCACGUAUUCAGAUGUACUGAUAGCUGACACUUGCACGAACACAAAUGUUCAGACAACGACAAACAUUUCAGAGCUUUUACUGAUAACAGACGCCACAAACAGUCUCUGAUCAGAAAAUCUUUAUGAUAAAUGAGAUCAACAUGUACACAAAAACAUGCAGGAUAGUGUGUAAUAAUCACUGUAUUAUUUAUGUAUUUUGGUUUUAUUUUUUAACAUUAUUACAUUUACAUUAGACUAACACUAAACACUGUUUUCAUUUUUUAAGGGUAACAAUUUAUUUUAUUUAUGAUUUUGUCCUCAAAUGUCCCCAGCUAAAGUUUAUAGAUGCUACACAAACACACAUUUCACCUGAACAUUACAAUUUUGUCAUCUUUUACUCACCCUUUACUUGUCACACAUGUUCAAUUUUUUAUUUAUUUAUUUAUUUAUUUAUUUAUUUAUUUUUUAUUUUUUAUUUUUUGCUGAGUAAAGGAAGAUAUGUUGAAAACUGGAAAACAUUGACUUCCAUAGUUGUUGGAUAAAAAUUUUGUGAUCAACAGCGUAAAAAACAUAAAGGUUUGGAAACACUUUAUAGUAAAAAAAAAAUUCUGAGAACCUUUUUAUUUGUGUAUUUGUAAGUUAUCCCUUUAACUUUAAAUAUUUAUAUUGAUUUUCUUUUCUUACUUUUUUUUUGUAACUAUUUAAGGUUAAUCUGUAUUAUGAAAUAAUCUACUUUACAUGCAACAUUUACAUGCUACAUUACACUGUUUAUGGGUGUGUAUGUGCCUGGGUGAAUGAGUGCCUAGGUUUGAGUGUGCCUAGGUGUGGAGCAAAAUAAAAUACAGAGUCAUUUUCAACUUUGGAAUAAGAGAUAUCCUGUGAUUGAUUUUUGUAAACUGCCAUGGCAAUGUACUAUCACAUUUAAUAAACAUUUAAGUCCCAAGUUCUUUCUCAA